AGUAAUAGCAUGAGCCUUGCGUCGAGAUCCUGUCAAAGCACUAAACAGCAAAUUUCUCGCACCUGAACUUUUACACUCUUUCCUGAGGACUAUUUUACCAUUUAAACGGGACGUCUUAUUUACAUAUUUACUCUGUCAAGCAACAGCAGCACUUGAGAAGUCACUCCUCCGCAGUUGCGUUCCUCUCUUAAGACAUUUAAAUUAAAAGGAUAUGGUGUUGGACAUGUGAAACACACGGGAAACUUCAAACAUGAAGCUGGCAUCUUCUCUGUGUUGCCUCGGGUUUCUUCUCACUUCUGUGGCGGUCCGUCUGAGCGACUCGCAGCAAGUGUGUACUGGUACAGAGAAUAAACUGAGUACGCUGUCAGACCUGGACCAGCAGUAUCGGACCCUUCGUAAAUACUACGAGAACUGCGAGGUGGUGAUGGGGAACCUCGAGAUCACCAGCAUCGAUCGCAGUCGUGACCUGUCCUUUCUUAGGUCCAUUCGUGAGGUGACGGGCUAUGUGCUUGUGGCUCUAAAUCAGUUUGAAUAUCUGCCCCUGGAGAAUCUUCGCAUCGUCCGCGGCACCAGGCUGUAUGAAGACCGCUACGCCCUGGCUGUAUUCCUCAACUACCGCAGAGACGGCAACUUCGGUCUCCGUCAGCUCGGCCUUAAGAACCUCACAGAAAUUCUGAAUGGAGGGGUGUACGUGGACCAGAACAAGUUCCUGUGUCAUGCCGAUACCAUCCACUGGCAGGAUAUAGUGAAGAACGCCCGCUCUGAUCACCUGGUUGUGCCGUCUAAUAGCAGCGGCUCCUGUCAAAGGUGUCAUAGAGCAUGUAAUGGACGCUGCUGGGGGCCAAAGGACGACCAGUGCCAAAGCUUGACCAAGACGGUGUGUGCUGAGCAGUGCGAUGGCCGCUGUUUUGGGCCGUACGUCAGUGACUGCUGCCAUCGCGAGUGUGCUGGAGGCUGUUCGGGACCAAAGGACACAGACUGCUUUGCCUGCACUAACUUCAACGACAGCGGCGCAUGUGUGACGCAAUGCCCGCAACCCUUCGUCUACAACCCAACCACGUUCCAGCUGGAGCACAACCCGCGGGCCAAAUACACAUAUGGGGCUUUCUGCGUCAAAAAGUGUCCACAUAACUUCGUGGUGGACCACAGCUCCUGUGUCAGAGCCUGUCCCAGCAACAAGAUGGAGGUGGAGGAGAACAGGAUCAAGAUGUGCAUCCCCUGCACUGACAUCUGCCCUAAAGCGUGUGAUGGCAUUGGCACUGCCAGCCUUCAGACGGCUCAAACCGUCGACUCCAGCAACAUCGACAGAUUCAUCAACUGCACCAAGAUCAACGGAAAUCUAGUGUUCCUCAUCACAGGCAUUAAAGGGGACAUAUACCACAACAUAGAGCCCUUGGAUCCAGAGAAACUCAAUGUGUUCCGCACCGUUCGAGAGAUCACUGGUUUUUUAAACAUUCAGUCCUGGCCAGAAAACAUGACUGAUUUGAGUGUCUUCUCCAAUCUGGCAACCAUCGGAGGCAGGUCUCUCUACAGUGGCAUCUCUCUUCUGGUGCUGAAGCAGCAGUGGAUUUCAUCACUUCAGCUGCAGUCACUUAAUGAGAUCAGUGCUGGAAACGUGUACGUCACCAACAACAGUCAACUCUGCUAUUACAACACCGUCAACUGGACACGACUCUUCCGCACUAACGCCCAGAAGUCCCUGAUCCGCAACAACCGUGACCCCAAGGAGUGCAUUUUGGAUCGUAUGGUAUGUGACCCGCUGUGCUCUGAUGCUGGAUGCUGGGGUCCAGGGCCCGACCAGUGCCUGUCCUGUCGGUUCUUUAGCAGGGCACGCACCUGUGUUGAAUCCUGCAAUCUGCACGAAGGGGAUGUGCGUGAGUUUGCAAAUGGUUCGGUGUGCCUGGAGUGUGACGCGCAGUGUGAAGUGGCAGAAGAUGACGGUCUUACCUGCACUGGGCCUGGUCCUGAUCACUGUGUUAAAUGUCUUCACUUUAAAGACGGACCCAACUGUGUGGAGAAAUGCCCUGAUGGCCUACAGGGAGCAAACAGCUUCAUCUUCAAAUAUGCCGAGGCCAACAAUGAGUGUCACCCCUGUCAUGUCAACUGCACCCAGGGAUGCACAGGGCCUCGUCUGCAAGACUGCAUUGGAAUGAUGGACAGGACUCCCCUCAUUGCGGCUGGGGUUAUUGGGGGAUUGUUUGUGGUGAUCAUUGUGGGUCUGAGUGUUGCCAUAUCAGUCAGAAGGAAGAGCAUCAAGAAGAAAAGAGCCUUGAGACGCUUCUUGGAGACUGAGUUGGUGGAGCCUCUGACUCCCAGCGGUGCGGCCCCAAACCAGGCCCAACUGCGCAUUCUGAAGGAGACCGAGCUGAAACGGGUGAAGAUUCUGGGAGCCGGGGCCUUUGGCACCGUCUACAAGGGUAUCUGGGUUCCUGAGGGUGAGACUGUGAAGAUUCCCGUGGCCAUCAAGAUCUUGAAUGAGGCGACGGGUCCCAAAGCCAAUGUGGAGUUCAUGGAUGAGGCUCUGAUCAUGGCCAGCAUGGAGCAUCCGCACUUGGUGCGGUUACUGGGUGUGUGUCUGAGCCCAACCAUCCAGCUGGUCACUCAGCUCAUGCCCCACGGCUGUCUGCUGGACUACGUGCACGAGCACAAAGACAACAUCGGCUCCCAGUUACUGCUCAAUUGGUGUGUUCAGAUCGCCAAGGGUAUGAUGUACUUGGAGGAGAGGAGACUUGUGCACAGGGAUCUGGCGGCUCGGAACGUCCUAGUGAAGUCCCCCAACCAUAUAAAGAUCACUGACUUCGGCUUGGCUCGCCUUCUGGAUGCAGAUGAGAAGGAAUACAACGCAGAUGGUGGAAAAAUGCCUAUAAAGUGGAUGGCCUUGGAGUGUAUACACUAUAGGAAAUUCACUCACCAGAGUGACGUAUGGAGUUACGGAGUGACUAUCUGGGAGCUGAUGACAUUUGGAGGAAAGCCGUACGAUGGAAUCCCUACCCGAGAGAUCCCUGACCUGCUGGAGAAAGGAGAAAGGCUUCCUCAACCUCCUAUCUGCACUAUUGACGUCUACAUGGUCAUGGUCAAAUGCUGGAUGAUAGAUGCAGACAGCAGACCAAGAUUUAAGGAGCUUGCAGCAGAGUUUUGCCGAAUGGCAAGAGACCCACAGCGUUACCUAGUCAUCCAGGGGGACGACCGCAUGAAGCUGCCCAGCCCCAAUGACAGUAAGUUCUUCCAAAGUCUGCUAGAUGAGGAAGAACUGGAGGAUCUGAUGGAUGCCGAGGAGUAUUUAGUGCCACAAGCCUUCGGUGUUCCUCCACUGGCAUAUACAACCAGAUCACGCAUGGACCCCAACAGAAACCAGUUCGCAUACCAGGAUGGCAGCUUCGGCAUGGAGGAGAUGAUGGCCACUAUCCCACGGCCGACUUCCUGCCCAACACCUGAGAUCAGAACCGGGGCCUCAGGGUCCUCUGAUGCAUUUGAAGACAGCCGCUGUAAUGGCACUCUCAGGAAGAAGGCUUCACCCAGGGCGAGCACCGGGGAGGACAGCAGUGGCCAGCGGUACAGUGCAGAUCCAACUGUGAUACUGUGUGAGCGUGGAGCCCGAGCUGAGACCAACCAGGAUGGAUACAUGGGCGCUAUGCAGGACAAAAAGCCCUCAGAUUAUCUCAACCCCGUGGAGGAGAACCCCUUUGUCACCCUUCGCAGAAACGGAGAGGUCCACACUCUUGAGCGAGGUUACCACAGCACCUCCAAUGGGCAGCCCAAGGUGGAGGAUGAGUAUGUCAAUGACCCUCUGUACCUCAACACCUUCCAUAACUCUGGAGAAAAGAGUCACGACGUUUUGAGGAAGAAUGGGGUCCCUGUGGCACACACAGCAGUGGCAGCAGCAGUAGUAGCGGCAAAUACUGUAACUUCCAACAGCCAAAAUCUUUCUCAAACCAUGCAACCGGCAGCACUCAGUGCCCACAUCUCAACACAGCCACUGUACCAAGGCAAACAAAGCAUUUCCACCCUCUCAGGCCACACCGUCCAUUCUGCCCACCCCGGACACACCCUCCACCCAGCACACAACCUCCAUCCCGCUCACUCCGGGACCAUCAAACCCGACAUAAAGCCCAAAAAGACAUUUGACAAUCCUGAGUACUGGCAGCACAGUCUUCCCCCGAAGGCAAGUCUCCACAACCCAGAAUAUCUGCAGGACUGCAGCACACGCUUCUUCUAUCGGCAAAACGGUCGGAUCCGACCCGCCGUGGCCGAGAACCAGGAGUACCUGUCAGAGUAUGCGCUAAAACCCGGCACCGUAUUGCCGCCGCCUCCCUACCGCCAGAGGAACACUGUUGUGUAGCAACAACGACCGAGACAAAGAAGGAAAGAUGGAGGUAAAGAGAGAGUCGUAGUGUGCUCUUACCCUGGCUCUCACACCAGCAUCCUGAUCUCUCUGCUCUUCUCUGAACUGGAUUUAACACCCAACCUCCAACAACCUGGAACUGAUCCACUUGGGUGAGCUUCUCCUCCAGAGGCACUAUGACCACAUCAAUCUGCUUGUCUCUCCUCACUCCAAUCCCCAUUAAGACCCUUCCGACCUACCUGACCCCAACUAUCAGAAAGCGAUAUUGUUCCCAACAUAAGGUAGAUGUUACGCUCAUCUCAUUGGAAGCAAGUACUGAUUAUGACAUGCAACGUGGGUCGAUCCAAUAGCAGAGAGGAGUCGAUCAAAUAGCGGAGAGGAGUCAUUAUUUUGUGCUAUUAUAGAAAUGUUUAUCUCAUUUUGGGGAUUUUGAUUUGAAGCUAUGAUAUGAUCUGUUGUAAUUUAUGACUUUGGUUAGCAUAGGGUUUUUUUUAGCACUCCAUACAUGAUUAUAUAAGGCAGAUGUGUUGUACUGGAAAUAUCCUCAUGGGCCCUGAGACAAGACGGCCCAAAAAGGUCCUUGAUGUUGCCUAAUAACUGAAACUCGUAUGCUACAUACAAACACAUUAUUGAGUCAUCAUUAGUGUGUUGUCGACCCGGACCACAACCUUCUCAGAUGGCACAUCCUCAAAAGACAACACAUUAUGUGAUGUUCUUCUCAUAAUUCAUCUGGUUUUAUGCACAUCAUAUUACUCAAACAAAGCACUUUUUAUUACUUAUAUUGAGCCGCUCUCUCCUCCUUUUGAGUCGCAAGACUGGAACGAUUCACAACCGGAGACAGUCCAGCGGACCGCAUUAGACGUCUGUAAAACUACAUGUGUAAAACAAAUGUGAUGAAGAGAAUAGUAUCAGCCCGCAUAUGAACAAGGCCACAACAAAAUCAAUAACUUCAUAAAAGCAGAUCUGCAACAGUCUACUGUAAUAACAUUUUCAUUGUUGAUCUAGCCAGCAUUGAUCUGUGAGUUGUCACCUUAAGGUAGCCUUCCUUAUUUUGUCAUUUAAUGUGUGGAAUAAAAAACCCGGAAUGGGUCUACCUUGAACUUUAGAAGCUAAAAUCAAUACUAGCGACCAAUAGCAUCCACAUAGACGGAUCUACUGCGUAGAAUGGAUAUUUACACAGCGACAGAGGACCAGGUUUGCACGGAAGACUCGACAGAUCACACAACGCCUGGCUCCUGUCCUGAAAUAUGGCCGGAAAACUGUUACAACUGUAUAAAUCUCGUCCACGUGCGAGUGGAUAUCCAGACUUGCUAUCAAGAUGGCAGCUUUUUGUAAAGCUGCAACAAUGAGGGACAUUUUGAAAUCGAGAAGGUAUGCGAAAUCCAUCAUCAUCAUACAAUGCUACGAGGAGAACAUACAAAUGGAAUAUUUGCCCCAGGGUUAGAGAUGAGACUUCCUCAAAUCUGUCAUCUCCAUUUGAACUGUCUCCCAUAAUGACUUUUCUAUAAGAAGCGUCUCAUGGAUUCACACGGAUACAAGUUAAGGAAGAUAAUGCAGCUUAUUUGAGCAUGUUGGAGAACAACUGCUACAUAUUCGAUACCAACCACGUCAUGUAUAGUUUUGAGCACUGCCAGACACCCUGCUUUUCUGCUAAGAGGUAUAAUGAUGUUGUGUUGCUGGUUUGGAGAUAUGAAAUGGUUUUAAAGCACUUAACAGCCUGGCACAGCCGCAUGAGUUUGUUUUAAACACCAACGGCACUGAUUGAAUACUCAUUUAUUAUAAUCACAGCUCACAUGACGAUAGCAAACACCACCCGCCCACAUACAUUUGUUUUGCUCUGUCAUUGUUUUCCCGUUUUUUGUGCUUAUGAAUAUGAAGGUUUACGGUUACGUGGAGCACUUUAAUUAAUGAACAUAACAAAGAUAGAGUUCCUUUCAUUGUGGAUAUUGCUGUUCCCAUGUGAUAACGGAUUAGACAAAUGACAUUUUUGGCUCUCUACUGGAAACGAAAUCAGGGAAUGUUAGUGACGCGUAGUAAUUUUGCCAAACACAGAUGUUUACUAAUUGAAGUAUUUUAUCUCAAGCUUUUAACCUUAAAAAUAAAAUGAAUAGAGCAUAAUUUAAGAUGGGUUGCAGUAAAAGAACGCUAAGAUUACCUAUAAUAAUAAUUUAAGACGCUUUUACAGAAUCAACCUGAUACUUGAAACAGCUUCAUUUUAGCUCCUAGAGAAUUCGAACUCUAUUUUAAAAGUUAUGAAGUACGUAGAGUGUGUAGAACUAAGGCCAAAUUAUAUUUUUAUUCAUUUUU